UCAUGUGACCCGCGUCAGGUGGUUGGUUAUGUGACUGGCUGGGAGGGGCAUGUAGAGGGAACAAGGUUUGAGAGAAAGUGUUGAGGAACUUUUUUGUUACCAUAAUAGUGGGCAUGUUAUUGAUGUAUAGAGCGGAGGAGUGUCCAUGGUGCGGUGUAGCGGGCAGUAGACAGUGUGCACAGCGCUGAGCCUUCCUCUAUACACAUAGCUGAGAGCUCAUGGCGGGGGAGGCGGGCAGCGGGGAGCUGGGAGCGUCUGCCGGGGUCCCUGAGCGCAGGGAGUACCUGUUCAAGGUGUUAGUGAUCGGGGAGCUGGGGGUGGGGAAGACCAGCAUCAUCAAACGUUAUGUCCAUCAACUCUUCUCCCAGCACUACAGGGCCACCAUAGGAGUGGACUUCGCCCUGAAAGUCAUCAACUGGGACGGCAAGACUCUGGUCAGGCUGCAGCUAUGGGACAUCGCAGGUCAAGAGCGGUUUGGAAAUAUGACCAGAGUAUACUACAAAGAGGCUGUUGGUGCCUUUGUGGUGUUUGAUGUUACCAGAGUAUCCACUUUUGAAGCCAUUACGAAGUGGAAAUCUGACCUGGAUAGCAAAGUUUAUCUUCCAAGUGGUGGACCCAUACCUGCUGUUCUUCUCGCCAACAAGUGUGAUCAAAGAAAGGAGAACAGUAUGCCAAGCUCUUCCCAGCUUGAUAACUUCUGUAAAGAAAAUGGUUUUGUUUCGUGGUAUGAAACGUCUGCAAAGGACAAUGUUAACAUUGAUGACGCUGCUCGAUGCUUGGUUGAAAAUAUUCUUCAAAAUUUCAAGAACUUCCAUGUAGAGGAGGAUGACGACAGCACUGUACAGCUUGAAAAUGAGCCUUUGACAGCCGAAAGUAAAUCAUUAUGCUGCUAACCCUUAAAAUACCACAAGGAGAUAAACAGACUGCUGCAAAAAGCUGCUUCUACAGAUGUCUUUACAUCACCUCAUGUACAACGUGUACAGCGAUAACUGAGUUUACAGCAUUGGCCUACUAUUUGUAAAAAAUCAGUUUUCAGUGUUUAUAUUGUAAAUAGCAAACGGCCAUGAAUAGAACAAUUCAUGUACCAUACCUGUCACGCAUAGGCAGAUUGUAUAACUAGGGAUGUCUGUAAAAUGCCACACUUGUUCUGUCCUCCUUCCCCUUCCCCCUUUUUUUUUUUUUCUUCUUUACUAAAGGUAAAUCCAUUGUGCACUUGGAUUUGCACUGCAGGUGCACUUAAAAGUGCAAAUUCUCAAGUCUUGAGGGGAAGCUCUGAUUUCUUUCAUCUAAUCAUGUGCAAGCAAAAAUGUUCUUUAUUUUCCUUGAAUGCCCCCCCUCAGAUCUAAUGCAACUGCACUUCCAAGUGCACAUGGAUUAGGAAAUCAACCCCACAGUGUGUUGCAUUUUCUUUUGACAUUUGUAAAAACAUGUAUGUUACCUUGUUACAUGCUCCAUGGAAUAAGGGACCAUAUCUAUGCAUGUUUGUACUCUUAAUUGUACUAUUACGUUUUGUUUGGUUCUGAUUGAUCUCAAACUUCUGGAUGGACUAAAUUGUGCAGCAAGAUUUGGAAGCCUUGUUAUAUGGCUCUCACAUGUUUGUGUAACGUAUCGGAACUUUUUUGAAGAGUCCUGUCACGCCACUUUGACUCUGGUCUUUUUCACCAUUCGGUGACUUGUAGGACAUUUUAAGAAACUGCCAUCAUAACAGCUCAAGUAGUAUGUGAGAAUUUGAACCACAUGUACAGAGUUGUCCAUGCAUAGCUAUAACUGAACGUAUUGCCUUAUUGGCAGAAUUUUGGAAAUGUGCAGUUGUGUCUAAUCUGUUUAUGCCAAAGUAUCCUUUAUUUUAUUUUUUAUUUUUUUUAUGUUAGAUUUCCAUUGUGGCUUACUAACAGAACUUUAAGCAGUUAAACACAUUUUUUUUAAAUGUGCUUCCAUUUUCUUAGGUCCAAGAAUGUGCAAAAAUGAAUUAAACAUUUUUUCCACCUGUCA